AAAACUCACGUUCUUCCUCAUGUAUAGCUUCUUGUCAAAGAUUAAGCAUUUUUCUUAGCAACACCUUUUUCUUAGUAAGAGAUUCUCAGUAACAGCUGGUUUGCAGAAGCAGCUUUUAUUGUUUACAGCCUCCUAUGUGGUUGCAUUUAGUAAACAGCUUUGAUGAACUGGUAAAGGAUGAGUUUGUGAAGGUAAAGUUUGAUUUUAUAUUAAGCUAAACUUCAGUUCAACUGGCUCGCCAUGUCCUCUGUCAGAGACAAGUUCUUAUCUCUCCAGCAGCUGUUGGUGCUAUACUCGGCACACUUUAAACCCACAUAUACCGUGCAAUAUGUGCCAGGCUUACAAAACAGAAACUGUAAUUAUGUUUAAUAACCUGUAAAAAGUACAAACUACUCCAGUAAUUGUUGAUGAGGUGAAGCCCACAAUUCUUUGUGUCACAUAUAGUAUACUGUAUUGGCUGUUAACUAGCACAGGAAAAUGUGACAUCAUCUUUACUACAUCACCCUGUCAUUUCUGAAAUUCUUUUGACACCAUGGGCAAGUUAGAAAAUUAUAAUUCUGUAAAUAAUAUAGGAAUUUUUUACUAAUCCUUAAAAGCACAGGAAAUUUACAUUGAAAGGCAAUGUUUUAUUGGAUGCACCGGCCUAAAAGCUUUGAGCCUUGAGUUGUUGUAUACUACUGUUAUCAAAGCACAAACUACAAUCUCACAUUAAAGGCUAUCUAUUAGCUUCAUGUAAACUCCAGAAUCGGCCUUUUGCAAUUCCUUUUGCAAACAACUGUCAAAAUAAUUCUCAAGUAAUAACUCAACGGAAGUCCAGUAGAAGUCCUGACAAUAGCCGGUUUAUUCCUAACCAUCGAAAAACACCAACCUACUGCUCUGUCUCUUUGUCUUUCUCUUCCUACCAUGCAGCACGUAGAGGUGAGAAACUUCUCCUUCAAUGCGGGACAGGUCAUGAACGUCACAGGGGUCCCCAACCAAAACGGUGAUAGAUUUUCCAUCAACGUUGGUCACAGUGUGGACGACAUCGCUCUGCAAAUUGACGUCCGCUUCAAUUUUGACAAUAGUUCUAAGCAGGUGUUCUUCAACUCCUGCCGUUCAGGGAAUUGGCAUAAGGACCACCAAAUUGCCAAAACCUUCCCCUUCGACUAUGACAAGAAGUUCAAAGUAUCCAUCACCUUCACAAAGGAACAGUUCUCAGUCACCCUUCCUGAUGAAUCCAAGUACCAAUUCCCCAAUCGCCACGGAUACGGGAAGUAUAACUUCAUAUUCUUGGCAAACAAGGUCACGACUCAUGGGAUUGAAAUCAUCUAUACCAAUCAGGAUGGGUUGAAGACAAUCCACUUUAGAAGCCCAAACAUAUUUUGGCUGCUUAUUGGCUUCUAGACCUUCCUUUACUGCUCUUUAACUUAAUAACUGUUAU